CUGGCUUUCAGCAAAGCGUAUUGGACCCUUGGCAGGUCUUGUUCCCUCAUACUUCUUUAUCAACUGACAGGGACAGCUUUGGCCUUGGGCGGUGCAUAGAGUGAAUCUUUUCAACCAUGGCGAACUCUUACCCUAACCACAGCAAGGACGCCGAGCUCUGCGAGAAAUUUCUGAGAAACUUUGACGACCCUGAGGGAGAUGGCAAGCUCAAGUACAUGCAGCAAUUGCAAGAGAUUGCCAACCGUCGGAGUAAGGUGCUCUCUAUUUCUCUGGACGACGUGGAGGCGUUCUUCUCGGUCCCGCCGCCGCCACCAGAGGAGCACCGGCCUCACUUCGCCAAUGAGAUUGAGCGCAACACACGCACCUUUCAGAAGCUCAUGGCGGAGGCAGCGGACCGGCUCAUGCCGGCCGCGGAUGUCACGGCGGCCAACGUGAAGAAAGACGUGUACGACAUCCUAUCAGAACACCGGAAAAUCAUGGACAGCAGCGCUCGUGCGGUCGAGGCGCAAGCCACCGGCCAAGCCAACCACUCGAAGGGCUCUGGCGCCAUCCCCGGCACCGUCCGCGGCGGCUGCCCUGACAUCUUGCUGCGCCGCUUUGACGUCUACUUUGAACCGCGCACCAAGAUGCCCGCCACGCCCAUGCGCGCUGUGCGGGCCACCCAUCUGGGUCACCUCGUCCGAGUGCGGGGCGUUGUGACGCACGUGACGGACGUGAAGCCGCUGGUGAGCGUUGUGGCGUACACGGACCCCGACAGCGGCUUUGAGGUGUACCAGGAGGUGACGGGCCGGACCUUCAAGCCGCUGGACAACGACUCCAAGGAGCGUGCCAAGGUCAGCCGCAAGAUGCAGCCCGUCAUGGAGACCCGUGGGUCCAAGUUUGUCAAGUUCCAAGAGGCUAGGCUGCAGGAGCUUGCGGAGGAGGUCCCCGAGGGCGCCACUCCCCGCACGCUGUCAAUCCACCUGCUGGGCGAGGUGACUCGUACCAUGAAGCCGGGUGACGACGUGACUAUCACCGGCAUCUUCCUGCCCGAGCAGUACACGGGAUUCAGGGCCAUGCGUGCUGGUCUGCUCAUGAGCACGUACCUCGAGGCACACAACGUCGUACAGUCCAAGCGGCAGUACGGCAGCGCCUUUGAGCUGAGCGAGGCGGAGGUGGCGGCGAUUGAGGCGCUGGGCGAGGGCGGCGAUGUGUACGGCAGGCUUGCCCGAUCGAUUGCUCCCGAGAUCUUCGGCAUGGAGGACGUCAAGAAGGCUCUGCUUCUCAUGAUGGUGGGCGGCCAGACGCGCAUCUUCCCGGACGGCCUCAAGCUGCGCGGCGACGUGCACAUGUGCCUCAUGGGCGACCCCGGUGUGGCAAAGUCGCAGCUGCUCAAGUACGUCAGUCGUGUCAUGCCGCGCGCGGUCUACACCACCGGCAAGGGCUCCUCGGGUGUGGGUCUCACGGCAGCGGUGCUUCGAAACCAGGUAACGAAGGAGCUGGUGCUCGAGGGCGGCGCGCUAGUGCUGGCGGACAAGGGCGUGUGCUGCAUCGAUGAGUUUGACAAGAUGGAGGAGGGCGACCGGACCGCCAUUCACGAGGUGAUGGAGCAGCAGACGGUGUCCAUCGCCAAAGCCGGUAUCACCACCACCCUCAACACGCGGACAACCAUCCUAGCCGCCGCCAACCCCGCGUACGGCCGGUACGACAGGCGCCGGUCACCAUCCGAAAACAUCAACCUCCCAGCGGCGUUGCUGUCGCGUUUCGACCUGCUUUGGCUUCUGCUGGACGAGAGCAGCAAGGAGCAGGACACGCGCCUCGCCAACCACAUUGUGCGCCUGCACGUGCUCGGACGCGCUCCCGCCCCUGAGGCGUCUGGCAGCGGGGACGCCUCUGCCGCGCCGGUGCCGCUGCGGCUGCUUCGCGCCUACAUCGGCCAGGCGCGGCAGUACGAACCGGACGUCCCCGAGCAGCUCACGGAGUACAUUGCAUCCUUUUACGCGGAGCUCCGCCAAAUGGAGAAGGCCGCUCUGGGUGCCGCCGCCACCUACACCACUCCCCGCACGCUGCUGUCCAUCCUGCGCCUCAGCCAAGCGCUGGCCAAGCUGCGGUUCAGCAGCCUGGUCGAGCAGAGCGAUGUGGACGAGGCCCUCCGCCUGAUGCGGUGCAGCAAAUCCUCCCUGGAGAACAACGGACCGGGCAACAACGCCGGCGAGGGCGCAUACGAGGACGCCGUCAGCUUGGUGUACCGCCUGAUCCGGGAGUACAGCAGCCGUACGGGCCAGCUUGAGAUCCCGUACGCCAAGAUCCAGGAGAUUACAAAGAAGCACAACGUGUCGCGCGAGGAGAUUGAGGAGUGCGCCAACGAGUACGCGCGCAUCGCCCUUUGGACCGUGGAGCGGGACCAGCAGGGCAACCCCGUCUUACACCUCCAGAUCAACGACGCGGCCUUUGCGUAACUGCUGGCUGCAGCAGCUCGGGGUUAUCGACGUUGCUUGGGAAUACCGGUGGCAAGGGAGUGUGUUCUUGCGGACCCAUGGGUCGUUGGCAGCGGUGGCUUUAGGGCGCAACUGUGGUCAUGUAACUAUGGUUUGCAGUUCAGCUAGUGGGGCAGUAGUCAGAAAGCAAAGCGCGACUGUAUACGAAGGCCAAUGCCUGAGCGAGCCAGGAUAGACGUUU